CGGAUCCAUCCCCAUCCCCAUUCCAGUUCGUUGGUUCAGCCAGCCAUGGCUCUCCGUCUUCACCACCUACCCCUCCUCCUCCUCCUCCUCGUGCUAUCCACCGCCUCCGCCACCCACUCGCCGGAGAGCGCCACCGCCCGCGCCCACCACCACCACCGCCGCUCGCCGUUCGGCACGGCCACCGCCCACUUCCACCCCGUCCCUGCCGCCGCGCCCUCCAUGCACCAAAACCACCUCCACGCCGACAGCCAGUCCCUGCUCUCCGCCGGCGACGUCGACCCCGUCCUCGCCGACGCGCAGGCCCGUCCCGCUCCGCUCGUGCCGCCCCAGGCCGAAGCGGCAUCACCGCCUCCCACGCUCGUCCUCCCGCUGCCGGAUCUCGCGGAGGCGACGCCGCGGCCGCAGGAGGAGGGCUCCGCGCCGACGACGCCCGCUGCAGCGACGACAACGACGACGACCAGCACGCUUCUCCCGCUCCCUGCCACGGUGGCGACGACCGCGAGCCCGCCUCCGCCUCCCGCCGCGUCCGACGCCGAGCAGGGGCUGCAGCAGCUCUCCAGGGUGCUCACCUCGCUGGGGUACAACGAGAUGGCCUCGGAGGCGCCGCUCCUCGCCCGCGCGCCGCCGCUCGCGAGGUGGCCCGGGGCCAUCACCGUCUUCGCGGCCCCCGACGCCUUCCUCCAGGCCGCCUGCCCCAUGUGCUCGCGCCGCCACCUCCUCGAGCAGCACAUCGCCAUGGGCUACUACCCCUACUCCAAGCUCGCCGCCGCAGCCACCAUGAAGAUCCCCUCCGCCUCCGUCGGCUUCUGCAUCAAGGUCGCCACCGAGCGGGGCCCCUUCGGCAUCCACUACGCCAGGAUCUACGCCGACGGCGUCGAGGUGUCCCACCCCGAGCUCUACAACGACGGCCGCUACGUCGUCCACGGCCUCCACGGCUUCCUGCGCCCGCUCACGCACUCCUGCUUCGACGGCCCGCACCACCACCACCUCACGAGCCGCUCCGCCGCAGCCUCCGCGGCGACUGCUUCCUCCGUGGUGCGCAUCAUGAUCCGCGACGCCAUGGCGCGACUCCGUGACGGGGGCUACGGCUUCAUGGCGCUGGCCAUGCGCGUCAAGUUCGCCGAGCUCGAGAAGUUUGCCAACCUGACGCUCUUCGCGAUCGACGACCCGGCCAUCUUCGUCGGCGGAGGCCACGACUACGUCUCGGCGGUGCGCUUCCACAUCGUCCCCAACCACCGCCUCACGCGCGCAGACCUCCACCGCCUCCGCCCCGGCACGGUGCUCCCCACGCUGGCCGGCGAGGGCCAGAGCCUCGUCGUCACCCACUACGCCACCGGCUCAGCCUCCUCCAACGACGACGUCCGCAUCAACUACAUACCCAUCAAGGAGCCCGACGUGGUGGUCAACUCGCGCAUUGCCGUCCACGGCGUCUACGUGCCGUUCCCCCGCCUCCACCUCGCCGACCUCGCCGUCGCGUCCGCCACCGACCAGACGAACGGCACCUGCGGCGUGGGGGAGCCCUUCGGCGACUGCGCCUCCUCAGCGAUCACCUCUCCGAAGAGGCAAGUAGCUCCCGGCGAAUGAUGCGAUGCGUACGUCUCGUCUCCAUCGUUUUGCUCUGUUAUUAUGUUUCUAGCCAUGGAGGAUUUACUGCUAGUAGUGCGUAGUGGUGGAGUAGUGGUUCGGAUUUGGGCAGUCGUUUAGUUCAAUAGAGGUUCAGAUGAGAGAUGAGUACUUCUGAUUGCAUUUUGUGGCACCGAAUGAUUGUUGCAUAGCUUAUCCAGUACGACUUGAAUCAAUUUUGGUGCGAAUUUGAUUCAUCUUCUCGUUGCUCUGUUCC